CAUUGUUGAAUCGGUAAAUGGAAGAAGGUGAUCGUGCAGCAAAGAAGCAGAAAAUGUCGGCUCUGGAACAACUUAAGAAAAUAACUACCAUCGUCGCCGAUACCGGUGACUUUGAAGCUAUCAAUAUCUAUAAGCCUACCGAUGCAACAACUAACCCAUCGCUUAUUUUGUCUGCGUCAACUAUGGAACGCUAUCAAUAUCUAGUUCGCAAUGCUGUUGAUUAUGGAAAAUCUAAAGCAGGAUCUUUGGAAAAUCAAGUAGCUGAAGCCAUGGAUUAUCUCUGCGUCUUGUUUGGCUGUGAGAUUUUAAAAAUCGUUCCUGGACGCGUUUCCACUGAAAUUGAUGCUCGCAUUUCGUUUGACACUGAGAAAAGUGUGGCCAAGGCAUUGAAAUUGAUAGACUUGUACAAAUCCUUUGGCAUCGAUAAGGAGCGCAUUUUGAUUAAACUUGCUUCCACUUGGGAGGGUAUCAAGGCCGCCGAAAUUUUGGAAAAGAAACACGGCGUACAUUGCAAUCUCACGCUACUGUUCUCAUUUGGUCAGGCUGUCGCUUGUGCCGAAGCUGGCGUUACGCUGAUCUCGCCAUUUGUCGGUCGAAUCUUGGAUUGGUAUGUGGCAAAUACAGAAUCAAAGAAAUUUGAACCCCUUCAGGAUCCCGGAGUGGUUUCUGUGACGAACAUUUACAAUUACUACAAGAAAUUCGGUUAUAAAACUUUGGUAAUGGGUGCAUCAUUCAGAAAUAUUGGCGAAAUUAAGGCGCUAGCUGGAUGCGAUUUGCUCACCAUCAGCCCAUCGUUGCUGAAGGAACUGGAGAACGAUGUGAGCGCUGUGAAACCGCAUUUGUCGGUAAACAAUGCUAAACUACAGGAUAUUGAGAAGAUUUCAGUGAACGAGAGCAAAUUCAGAUGGCUUCUCAACGAAGAUGCCAUGGCAAAUGAUAAGCUAUCAGAAGGCAUUAGGAAAUUCGCUGUGGAUACGGUGAAACUAGAAAAUCUUAUUAAGAAGCAAUUUGCUUAAGCUUCUUCAAGAGCUUCUUAGUUUGUCUUUUGGUAGAUCAGGUGUAAUGUAAUGUGAAAAUUGACAAAGUGAAUUCCUUGCAUUUACUUAAAUAAACAUAUUUUUUAUAUCGAAA